CCUCUCUCUUUCUCUCUCUAUUUGUGUAAUUUUUGUUGCCUUUGUGUGGGGUGGGUGUCUUUCUUUAAGGUCAGAAGUGAUAGUGAAGGGGCUGAGCUAAGAGGGAUGGGGAGAGCUCCAUGCUGUGACAAAGCAAACGUGAAGAGAGGCCCUUGGUCUCCUGAAGAAGACGCCACCCUCAAAAACUAUGUCGAGGUUCAUGGCACUGGUGGUAACUGGAUCGCUUUGCCCCAAAAAGCCGGCCUUAAGCGAUGUGGCAAGAGUUGCCGAUUGAGAUGGCUUAAUUAUCUGAGGCCAGACAUCAAACAUGGAGGUUUUACCGAAGAGGAGGACAACAUUAUUUGCACUCUAUAUAGUCAAAUGGGAAGCAGAUGGUCUCUUAUAGCUUCUCAACUGCCUGGAAGAACAGACAAUGAUGUGAAAAAUUAUUGGAAUACCAAGUUAAAGAAGAAGCUACUGGCAGGAAAAUCAGGCUUCAAUAUCAGCAAAAGUACUAUUAACAAUGGUUGUGUUCCUGCUUACACUAAUAUUCCUACUCAACCAGCAGCUUCACAGCCUUGUUUACCAUACGCUGAAACUUACAAUCUGGAUUACUCAACUUCACAGUCACAUAUUUCUACACCAUUUCCAAUUUUAUCUGAUGUUGGUUGUGGAUUCUCUGUCAUUAGUACUCAAAACUUGCCUUUAGACCCAGUCAUGCACUUUUCUCGCCCAGAUGCAGUCACCCAUCUGUCACAGUUAGGUGCAACUUUGGAGAAUAAUCACAUUGUUACUUCCUCUCGAGAAGGAUCCAGCAUUUCGGAUUCCAAUUAUCUGGCUACGGAGAGCAAGUCUGUCUCAAUGCCUGGUAAUGGAUAUCAUGUUGAAUAUACAGGCAAUAUUUUGAUGGAUGAUCAGUUCAGCUAUGAGUUUUCUUAUGAAUUUGUCAAUGGCAUUUGAAGUCAAGGGAAAGCUCGCGAGGUUUUUCCAAGUUGCUGUGAUAGUUUAGCUGAUUUUUUCUCAUGCUGACAUAAAGCCUCAAGGACUGAAUCAAAGUGUUGCUAACCGAAAUAUUGAGAGAGAAAUUAAUGCCUGGAAGGGGAAUGGUGGAAGAAAAAUCAAAAGACAUGUAAAAGAAC